GGCGCGGCGGCGGAAAGGCCGUCCUCCCGGAAGUGGCUUGCGUAGAAGGGUUUUGGCCGUCUCCAGGGAAGCAGGAAGCGGGCCGAGUGCGGGCGGGCGGGCGGACCUUGGCCUCCGGGGAAAGGCGGCCAUGGCGGCCUUCGACACGAACCCCUUCGCGGACCCGGUGGAGGUGAACCCCUUCCAGGACCCAGCAGUCACACAGUUGACAAAUGCUACCCAGGGUGGCCUGGAUGAAUUCAAUCCUUUUACUGAGAAUUCCCGGCUGACAAAUGCAACUCAGACUAUUCCAGCAACGCAGCCCGGUGGGGCUUCGCAGCCUGCCGUGUUGCAACCCUCUGUGGAACCCACUCCCCAGCUGCUGCUUAGACAGGCCAGCAAGUACCUGACGCCUAAGUUCAUCUCAGCGCAUUCGGAAGGUUCAGAGAGGCAGAGGUUACUUGGAGAAGACAGCAACUUUCAGAGUAGCCACCAGGCAGUUGCCUCAGCCGCUCAAGCAGGGCUCCUUCAGCAGCAAGAGGAACUGGAAAGAAAAGCAGCAGAAUUAGACAGAAAGGAACGGGAGUUGCAGAAUAGUGCUGCUGGCUUCAACCCACGGCAGAACAAUUGGCCCCCGCUUCCAAAACAGUUUCCCAUUAAACCAUGCUUCUAUCAAGACUUCGCUGCAGACAUCCCGGCUGACUAUCAGCGAACUUGCAAGAUGCUGUAUUACCUAUGGAUGUUUCACUCCAUUACCCUUCUCCUAAACCUGCUUGCCUGCCUGGCCUGGUUCACCGUUAAAACGGACAGAGGAGUAGACUUCGGCCUGUCCAUCCUGUGGUUCAUCUUGUUCACCCCUUGUGCUUUCCUCUGUUGGUAUCGGCCCAUUUACAAGGCAUUCAGAUCCGACAGUUCCUUCAGUUUCUUCGUCUUCUUCUUUGUGUUCUUCUGCCAGAUAGCCAUCUACAUCAUCCAAGCUGUUGGCAUCCCUGGCUGGGGGGACAGCGGUUGGAUUGCAGCUCUCUCUGAAAUCGGCUACAGCUUGCCAGUGGCCAUCAUCAUGAUGGUGGUGGCCUCCUUCUUCACGAUCUGUGCCGUUCUUGCUCUCAUACUUUUGAAGCAGGUCCACUCUUUGUACCGCCGGACGGGAGCCAGCUUCCAGAGAGCCCAGGAGGAGUUCUCCCAAGGCAUCCUCACCAACAGGAACUUCCAGAGCGCGGCCUCCACAGCGGCUCAGGGUGCUUUCCGGGGGAACUGAGAAGUCCCUUCUGUUGGGAAUCUUAUCUCUUUUUUUUCAUUUGCUCUAAUCCCUCCCUGAUCUUUAUUGAGGCUGAUCUUUUCAGCGGAUCAUAACACCUAGAUACUUGCAAGGAGAGGUUUUCCUCUAGUUUGAAUCUUGCCAGUGUCUGUGUCUCAUUGGUGGGUCGGGGCAGUUUUUGGUAUUUUUUCCCACGCUUCCAUAAAUCAAAUAUAUUUUCCUUUCAACCCGGAUGUGUACAAUAUUUCUUUCAAUUCCCAAUUUUUCCCUUCCAACGUUGCAGUUUGGGGAAGCCAAUGUUGCACUCUUGAACUCUUCUUCCACUGGGAGCUGCUGUGAAGAAUGGGUUUUUUUAUUUUCUCUAAAGUCCCAUGAGAAGGGGAGUUAUCUCUGUAGCUGUGCUUUUUAAUUUUUUUUGGGAGGGGGGUAAGAUCAUUUUCCUCCUUUGCUAAUCUUUCACUGCCAGCAUACGGGGGACAUUCGGCACGGGGCUUUCUUUCCAGCAUGCAGUCUCUGUGUGAUGUUUAAUAUUUUUGUUUAAAAAGUAAAUACAGGUAGAUCAGCGGGACAUAUGAUUCCCAUUUGCAUCCAUCACUAUAGCCUUGUUUGAUAUUGAUGAGAAAUAGCGAUCAUUCAUCAGCUCUGUCGUUUUCAAGGGAAUCUCCAGCAUUGGGUAACGCACUAUGUCUCCCAGGAAAUAAAUCUUUAGGAUCCAGAUUUUUGAGUGCACAAAGGGGCAAAUGUUUUUGAUGAUUUUAUGAUUUAGCUUCCAAGUUGCUCCUUACUUUUACCUCCAUAACUUUUCCUCCUUAUGCUGCCAUACUACAGUCCUCCGCAAUCUGGAAAGCCAAGGCUUUGGGAAAUGAAGAAGGAUUAGUUAAUAGAGACUAGUAGCAGUCGGAGCCGAAGCCCCAAUUUUCUAAAAGGUGGAUGUUUGCAAAACUUUCUAAAUCCACAUUGAAGCAUAUCUGGAGUGCUUCAUGCUACAAAGAGCUGAUUCUACUGUGCUUCUCUAUCAUAAGGUGGACCCCUUUCUCUCAUGAAGCUCUGAGAUGCUGGUACUGUAUAUAUAUUUUCCCUCACUGCUCCAGCAAGGAAACCCCCAGUUUGUUCAUUAGUAGAUACAAAACAUUCAAUUAUUUGUACUCCAGAAAACGUGCGAAAGAAUAGCGGAGCAUCUCCCGUUUCCAAGUCAUGGAGCGUGAACAUGGCAAUAAUCCUGGAUUAUUCUGGGGAGAACAUAUAGUUUUGGCAAUAAUUUAACCUAAGUGGGUUGGGAAGUGAAGCAAUAGGAGUGUCUUAAUAUGUAUAUUUUUUUGAGAUUUGGGAACUUAAACGCAGGCUUUAGACCGAUCAGGGAGUGCCAUUUUUAUGAACAAAUCAAUGUAAAAGUAUCUCCCCGAAGGCAGCAAUGUCUGAAAUCUUGACCUGACUUUUGUCCUCAAGACCUGGGAGAGAUCUACUUGAUCAAGUAAGACACUAAAUAAUAUGCCAUUCUGUUGUUUCCUUGACAUUGGAUGUAUAUAUAUCUAUAUAGAGCUCUGUAAGAUGCGUAGCUUGCAGACAGCUCUGGAUGGUUAUGAAAUACAAGGGAAUAUUCAGAAAAACAAGACAUUUGAAGUCUUGCUGACAAAUUUCCUUUCCUGUCCCACAUUUGGAUCUGUCUCUUUUCCCCUCCUGAAAAUCGUUUCUUUGAUUUGCUUCCAGACUCCUUUUGAGAGCUUUGAUGUAGCCCAGUACAUCCAGGGAAGUAUCUUUUGCCCUCUGUCUCUUUUUUAUUAAUAAUAAUAAUAUUAUUGUUCUUGGAAUAUUUGUAAUGAUGGCAGAAAAUGAGAUUUUUAAAAGAUGUCUUCCCUCCCUGGGUAUGUUUUUCCAUCUCUCCGGUCUCUUUUUUUCCCUCCCUCUUGUACAAAUGUAUAUGUCAAACUUUUGUGCUUGAAUUCAGAAUAAAAAUGUCAAAACUCUUGA